AUUUAAUCAUGAGAAAGAGAUAUAUUUAAGGUAGAUGUAUGUACGAAUAUUGUGAUCUAUAUAUUUACAAACAGCAAUGCAUUACAGUACUAUUUCCAUCUUUAUAUCGUUGAUGCUUUCAACUGGAUUUGACAAAAUUGAUGGAACAUGCACAUUACCGUCAACGUGGGACGGCACGUGGUAUGACAGCACUAUAAGUGCUUCCAAUAUUGUGUUCGACAACACCAAUCUCCAGGUCACUUCCGGUUGGACCAUAACUGCCUAUGCCUCAACUGUAACAUCGUGGACAUGCGUGAACCACGAUGCCAGCAAUAAUUUGAUACUGUUCAAAGGUGAUCAGUUUGUGAACCUGUUUAGCUCGCUACAGAAUGCAUUCAGAUGUCUAAAGUACGAGAAAAUAAACGAUUACUCCUAUGUUUACUAUAUCUAUGCCGACAUUCAAGUAAAUGCAAAUGAUGCACGAGUUUAUAUAGAAAGCAACGACCCCUCUGUGACGUCAUGGCCUGUGACUUCUCCAUAUUGUACCAAUCCCUCUGAUCUUGGAACGGAGGAGUACGCUGUUCUUGUCAAAGAUGGUCAGCUUUCUAGCGUAAAGCAGUACUGUCCAACGCCAUUCCUAGGGACGUUUGCUUACACUCACAAUGAUGGUAGUUCUGAUACCUGUGGGACAGGCUCUGUUUGGGACGUGUGCACCGAUAGGCAGGUUAUGACCGUGAACUACACGCAGUGCUCCACAAAGCAAUAUUACUCAACUGGGGGUGAAGCUUACUGUGUCCAUUCUACGUCCAGUGGGAGUACUUAUUACACGACAGUCGUUAAUAUCGACUCUUCUGUGGAUUUCUCCACUACUUAUCGCUUUACUUGCUAUGCCGUGACGUCAUCCGGGUCAACGGUUUACGCCAGUGACAGUAAGGGUCAAUGCGAGAGAUCCCAGUCCCCCACAGCCAAACAAACGGACGGAACGGGCACGAUUGUGUAUACACCAUACAUAACCUGUCCCUUCACAGACGAUAGCGAAACAGCGUCAGCAGGCUCCAAUGUUGCUAUAAUUGCCGGAAUCGUGGCUGCCAUUCUUUUGUUAAUCAUAGCUCUGGUAGUCGGCCUCAUCCUAUAUAAAAAGUUCAAGAAGAAGCACAAAACCAUGCACCAAACGCUGAAGGAAAAUCCAGCUGACAUGGCUUUAGAGACAUACAGAGACGCUCUAAGUAUAACCCCCGCGGAGGAAAGUCGCUUGCCACCAAUUACAGAGCGCUCUAACCUCCCCCUUAACGAAACCACGGAGGCAACAACGCCUCUUCCUCCUAUCAACAAAAUGAGCAUUGAAGAAAUGUCGCCACGUGGUCCUGAUGUCACCCAUAUUAACAUACCGGAAAAGAAGCAAUUAGAACCACUCGAAACCUACGUUCCAAACGGCCUAGAGAAUAAACCAACGGGCGCAGCGCCUUUGCCACCAAUUAGUCAGAUCUACAAGUAGACCAAUCUUUUAACGCAGAGACAAUUAAAAUAGAGUAAAGUUACAAUUUUAAGACUCUAGAUCCGGGAUCGUUGUAAAUCAUGGAUGAAGAUCUCGAUCCGUUGCAUCACAUCACAUGACCACUCGCCCAAUCCUCACGUCACGUGACUACUCGCCCAUUAUAGUGUGUUGUUGCUGUUGUUUAUUUUGUUACAUCUUAACAGUAUGUUGUUGAAUGUAUGACCGUUAGGUCUCUUCCAUAAAUUUUUUAUGGAAAGGUUUUAGACAAGUGUAAAUGAUCGCAAAGCGUUUUCUGUAUCACACGAUAUGAAAUAUAGAUAUUAAGCAGAAAUUUUAUAAUUUCUUAACAUUUCAAAAAUGGAAAGACAAUUAACACGCUGAUCAAUUUGCCUUGCUCCCAUCAUUGUACGGCAGUGCGUCACUAUGUUCAUGUGUGCCGACAGUACCAUUGAAAAAUAUGUUUAAUGAUAUAGUGAAUUUAUUCCUGCAAAUACUCCUUAUGAAUAAAGAUAUACUAAAGAUCUAUCGAGAAAACUAAAGACUAAUUUUGGGGAAAUAUUUCAAAUAUUUGGACACGGUUACCGGCAGUAGACUUCUCCGCUCCCGAUUAAUGUGAUACAUCUACUUCUACUCUGCCGUUAAACAUGGCAAUCUUCCAUUGUAUAUACUUUCUCACCUUCGAAAGAACAGUCGAUAUGUAUUUCACGGGCGAACGUACAAAUUGAUCGGUGUAAUCAAGUAAUUUCUUAUCCAAUCGUGUGUGCGCUAUUGAAUUAUUUCAUUGUUACUAAAAAUAUAUUGAGAGCCAUUCCUCUUGGUUUCCUGCAGUUUCAUUGAACACAGACUUUAUUUCAUGCCCUCUGUUGAUAAUGUUUUUCCUUACAAAGUUCUUUGGAAGCACACUGAAUGACAGUACUUGACUGAAUCGGAAAAUAGCGUUUAUAAUACUAGAAAUAGUGUCCACAGGGAAAUUUUCACCUCUUUUUAUAUUAGUCAAUUUCGCCCCUAUUCUAAAAGACUGGAUUUAGAACUAGUGAAGAUAUCAUUACUUCUUCAAAUUGCAAGAUUUAAGUUAUUUAAAGCGGGGUGAGAUUGAUUUUCCUUGUGUCUGGUUGAAAAUGAAAUGGGGUGAAAAUUUCUCUGUAAUUACAAGGUUUUGAUCUUGAGUGUUAGACUUGACCUUUGGUUAUUGUCAGUGACCCUGUAUAUCGUAAUUUGAUAGAUUUUAAUCGCUAAAUUACACGUUAAACAUUUGAUGGAAAUCAGUUAAAGAGUUCAGUGAAUUAUACCCGCUCGCAUUACAAAAUCAAGAUGUUUGCAUUAUGAUUGUUCCAUUCUGACUUUCAUAACGAUCAAUGAUAUUGUACUUUGAGAAGGUUAUUGCUAUUUAAUAGUACUGUCUAUGUGUUAUAAACACACCGUCAUUAAACAUAACAAAAACACGUGCGCAUGAGGAUUUUUUUUUAAUUUAUUGUCUUAUUAUUGAUCUUUGAAUAAAGUUGUUGAAGUUAUUUUGCAUUGUUUGUGGUUUAGAUAAAGGGAAUGACAUUUGUUCAUAGCUCACCUGAGCUGAAAUAUGAGUCAGCUUUUCUGUUAACUUUUCACAGUUUCGACUUCUCCAGAACCACAUGUCCUAUAUCAUCGAAACGUUGCAUAAGAUACCCUUAAACGA